AUGGGCCGCCGUUUUGUCGACAGUUUUCGCCGAGUACCUGGAGGUCUUCCCAUGACUGGUAAUCAUGGGUAUCACAUCAACGAUGAUCUCCCUGAAAUGGGCCAAACGGGUGGUCGCUUCUAUGACCUCCGUGCUGCCAACGUCCGAACAGCCAAUUCUGCACUUGCGCGCGAUCUCAAGGGUCGGCAUCUUCAAAUGAUUGCUAUUGGAGGUUCUGUCGGAACCGGCCUGUUCGUAGCAUCAGGUCUGGCGCUCUACCAAAGCGGCCCAGCUUCCCUAUUGCUUGGUUACCUCGUCACUGGUGCUAUACAGUUCUGUACUAUGCAAAGUCUGGGAGAGUUGGUAACAACUUUUCCGGUUGCUGGUUCUUUUUCUGCAUUUUCGAGUCGAUUUCUGGAUCCAUCAUGGGGUUUUGCCAUGGGCUGGAAUUAUGUUUUACAAUGGCUUGUUGUUCUGCCCGUCGAGAUGAUUUCCGGGGCUUUGGCUAUACAAUAUUGGAAUGCGUCUCUUAAUCCAUCCAUAUUCGUAACCAUAUUUCUACUAGCAAUCGUCGUCAUAAAUCUUAUGGGAAUCAAAGGAUAUGGCGAGGCAGAAUUUAUAUUUUCUACCGUCAAGGUAACUGCCAUUGUGGGCUUCAUACUUCUUGGUAUAGUCAUCAAUAUCGGAGGGCCGCCCACCAGCGGUUAUAUUGGCGGUCAAUAUUGGACAAAUCCCGGCCCAAUACACAACGGCUUCAAAGGCUUCUGCAGCGUAUUGGUGACGUCUUCGUUUUCGUUUACUGGUACCGAAAUGGUCGGUCUGGCUGCGGCCGAAACAGCCAAUCCAAGAAAAUCCCUUCCAAGCGCUAUCAAGCAGGUGUUCUGGAGAAUCGCCGUCUUCUACAUUGUAUCCCUGCUGUUGGUGACUCUGCUGGUUCCAUUCAAUGAGCCACGUCUUCUUGGAGGCCAAAGUUCUGUCGAUGCGGGUGCCAGCCCGUUCGUCAUUGCCGUUGAGAAAGCCGGCUCAACAAUUUUACCCAGCGUUAUGAACGCCGUAAUCCUGAUUGCUGUAUUGAGUGUGGGAAACUCUGCCAUAUUUGGAUCUUCGAGAACACUGGCUUCCUUGGCUGAGCAGUCUCACGCGCCCAGUAUAUUUUCCUACGUUGAUCGCAAAGGACGACCAUUGGUCGCUAUCCUUUUUGCCUCUUCUUUGGGACUUUUGGCAUACCUAGUGAAUGUCAAGAUUCAUUCAGAAAUCUUUGAUUGGCUCUUGGCCAUUUGUGGGCUGUCCAGUCUUUUUACUUGGGGAAGCAUUUGCCUUUGUCACAUUCGUUUCCGGAGAGCUUGGGCAGCCGCAGGCCAUUCACUUAACCAACUACCUUUCGUUUCACAGGCCGGGAUCAUAGGUUCUAUCUUUGGAUUUGUUGGAAAUAUAUUGGUGCUGACUUCCCAGCUUUGGGUAGCCAUUUCCCCGGUUCAAAUUAACCCAACAGGUGGCCAGCCUGCCAUCACUGCCAGAAAUUUCUUUUUGAAGAUGCUGGCUGUCCCGAUCGUUAUUUUGUUCUAUGUCGGACAUAAACUGUGGUUCAGGACAGAAAUCGUUAGUAUAGCAGCCAUGGACAUCCACACUGGGAGAAGCUUUUCGAGAGUGCAGUCCAUCUCGACAGAGGAGGAGGAUAUGCGCCGAACAUGGCCCUUGUGGAAGAGGAUUUACAGGACACUAUGUUGA